AUGCAUUACUGGAUGCUCUCGUUUGUUAUUUUAAUUCUAUUAAUUCCAUAUGUCUCUAGUUUAAAAUGUUAUGUUUGCAAUUCAAACGAAGACCCAACCUGUGCUGAUAGUGAUAAUUUAGGUAAAUUUGUAAAGCAAUGUCCUCAGAGAGAAGACCCAUACUGUCGAAAAAUCGUUCAAAGAGUUGAUCAAGAGACAAGUAUCGUGCGAACAUGUGGUUCCAAAGUUGGAACGAAACUUUGUUACAAAACGGCUGGAACACAUACGGCAAGUGUCUGCUCGUGUGAUGAAGAACUUUGUAAUACUGCUGUUACAUAUAACGUACAGCAAAGAUUUAUGACAAUUCUAUCCUCAAUUACUACUUUAAUAAUUACUAUGAUUCUUCUUCGUUAA